CGUAAUUUUAUUAUAAUCGAUAUUACAAUUUACACCUGUCGUCCCCCUCCAUCUCCUUUGGUUCUCAGUCUCGCCCAAUCUCACUCCGAGAACCUGCUCUGCUUUGCUCUCAAUCUCUCCCGUUUUCGUGGAGAAGCCAUUGAAAUCAGCUAAAUGACGAAGUGGAAUUCUCUCUCUGCUUCGCUUAUGAAGCGUCUCAAGCUUCACUACCAGAUGAUCAACAGUAUUCCAGCUUUAGCUCAGGCCAGAUCUUUCACCACAAGCGAAGGACAUCGUCCCACUAUUGUUCAUAAACGUAGCCUCGAUAUUCUUCACGAUCCGUGGUUUAACAAAGGAACUGCAUUUACAAUCACAGAACGUGACAGGCUUGAUCUUCGAGGACUUCUUCCACCAAAUGUAAUGUCUUCGGAGCAGCAAAUUGAACGAUUUAUGGUUGACCUGAAGAGGCUUGAAGUUCAAGCAAGGGAUGGGCCUUCAGAUCCAAAUGCUUUGGCCAAAUGGCGAAUUCUGAACAGAUUACACGAUAGAAAUGAAACAAUGUACUAUAAAGUUUUGAUUGCUCACAUUGAGGAGUAUGCGCCCAUAGUAUAUACGCCCACUGUAGGUCUCGUUUGCCAAAACUAUAGUGGCUUGUUUAGAAGGCCAAGGGGAAUGUAUUUCAGUGCACAAGAUCGUGGAGAAAUGAUGUCUAUGGUUUAUAAUUGGCCUGCUGAUCAGGUUGAUAUGAUUGUUGUCACCGAUGGAAGUAGAAUAUUAGGACUUGGAGAUCUUGGCGUUCAUGGGAUUGGGAUUGCCAUAGGGAAGUUGGAUUUAUAUGUUGCUGCUGCCGGGAUAAAUCCUCAGAGGGUGCUUCCAGUCAUGAUUGAUGUUGGAACCAACAAUGAAAAGCUUCUGAAGGACCCCUUAUAUUUAGGAUUGCAACAACACCGACUGGAUGGUGAUGAAUAUUUGGCCAUUAUCGAUGAAUUCAUGGAGGCCGUGUUUACUCGCUGGCCACAUGUUAUCGUUCAAUUUGAAGAUUUCCAAAGCAAAUGGGCAUUUAAGUUAUUGCAACGAUACAGAAAUACCUACAGAAUGUUUAAUGAUGACGUUCAGGGAACGGCAGGAGUUGCUAUUGCUGGACUUUUAGGGGCUGUGAGAGCACAAGGAAGACCGAUGAUUGACUUUCCAAAGCAAAAGAUUGUUGUUGCUGGUGCUGGAAGUGCAGGGAUUGGGGUUUUAAACGCGGCAAGGAAAACUAUGGCGAGGAUGUUGGGAAACAAUGAAGCAGCAUUCGAGGCUGCUCGUAGCCAAUUUUGGGUGGUAGAUGCCCAGGGUUUGAUCACAGAGGAACGAAAAAAUAUUGAUCAAGAUGCAAGUCCGUUUGCAAGGAAGGUCAAAGAAAUUAAUCGUCAAGGAUUGAGGGAAGGUGCAAGUCUAGUGGAAGUGGUGCAACAAGUGAAACCUGAUGUGCUUUUGGGAUUGUCGGCUGUUGGUGGAUUGUUCACCAAGGAGGUAUUAGAGGCUCUUAAAGGAUCAACAGCUACAAGACCAGCGAUUUUCGCCAUGUCUAAUCCUACAACAAAUGCCGAGUGCACUCCUGAAGAAGCAUUCUCAAUCUUGGGUGAAAACGUCAUAUUUGCGAGUGGAAGCCCAUUCAAGGAUGUUGAUUUUGGAAAUGGUCAUAUUGGCCACUGCAACCAAGGAAACAACAUGUAUCUUUUCCCAGGUAUUGGGCUCGGUACACUUCUAUCUGGUUCUCCUAUUGUAUCCGAUGGCAUGCUGCAGGCUGCUGCUGAGUGCCUGGCUGCAUAUAUGACUGAAGAUGAAGUUCACGAAGGCAUUAUUUAUCCAUCAAUUUCUAGCAUCCGUGAUAUUACAAAGGAAAUUGCAGCAGCUGUUAUUAUGGAAGCCAUAGAAGAGGAUCUUGUAGAAGGAUACCGCGGCGUUGAUGCUCGAGAACUCCGAAAAUUUAGCAAGGAGGAAAUUUUGGAAUUUGUGAAGAACAACAUGUGGAGUCCAGAAUACCCAACGCUAGUUUACAAUCAGGAUUGAUUUAAUCUACCUGUGUAAGAACAAAAUAAGAAGAAAUAUUAUUUCAUGUUUACGUUCAAUUUUGCCUUAGAAUUUGGAACUUCUAAAUUCUAAUGCAUUGGUAGCCCAUCAAGAUCAAAGUUGUAAAUUCAUGAUCCAUAUUUAACCAAUUUUUUUCUUUUGGAGUUGCUACAUUUUGAUUUUUUCUUUUGGAGUUGCCUCAUAAAAUAUGUCUAUUUGUUGUCAACAAAA